UACUGUUGAUGUAAGAGAGAAAUUUAUAGAGAGACGGUAUGCGAAGUAGCAAAGGGUUUAGGUGAUCAUUGUCGAUGCUACUGCCUUACUGACGAGACGUAUUUGAUAGUUAGCAAAUGAUUAUAGCUGAUUUAUGACUUGCUUUCUUGUUUGCUUACUCGCCAUUGUUACGUUUACGAGUGAUGUUAAUUUGAUUUAGAUGUGGUGAAAGUUUAACGGAUUUUUUUAUGGAUAAUUGCUAAAUAUAUUAUUAUUAUACAUUUUAAGUGCAUCGAUAGAAAAAACAAUAAACACCGUUAAAAUUUGGACAUUAAAUUAAAAUUAUGUGACUAUUUAUUGAUAAAGAUGGUGAUUAUAGCAUCGUAAUUACAGGAGUGAAUGAAUUGAAUAUUGCUUGCUUAUUAACUUUGUGGGAAGUGUAACGGUGAUUUUAUCUAUAUGGAGUACUGUAUAUAAUUAUCAUGAUUUUAUAAAUAGUAAUCACAUGUAAUAAUAAUUUUAUAGACCACGGAGCUAUACAAUUAGGUAUAUAAUUACGAGGGAGAAACUGACAGUGUUGUGCUGAACGUGUAUUAGGCUGUAUAUUAUCAGGGUGUAUUGUAGCCCCAUUUUUGUGUUACCACAAAGGGGAAGACAAAUGGGAUAACAUUUGAACUGUUGUCGUACUAAAGUGAUAGUAAAACUCGAGCUAUGUGUUUACAUCAUUUCUUUGAUAAGUUAUACAAAGGGGCGAAUCUCUUGUGUGUUUAAGUUUUAAGUGUGUCUAUGUCAAACUUGAUUUUGAGUACACAGGACAAAAAAUAAUUUCCAUGUAUAUACCGGGUGACAUUCGAUGGAGAUAGAUUUGGGAAUUUUUUGCGUGUGUGUUAAAAUUUAUGAAAGUUAAUAGAGUAAAAUAGGAUAACGUUGUAUACCGACUUUAUCUGAUAAAAUUUGUUUGGGGUCAAAGUACCAAGUUUUAUGAAAUAAUGUAUUCAAUAAAGGAUGUUAUUUACUCGCUGCAGUAGGUGAAAAAAGUAGCUCAACAAUGUAUAAAGGAUACGUUCCCCUCAACUUAGCCCUUGUUUCCUUGUUGAUAGCAUUGUGCUCAGCUGUUGGGCCUCCAAAGCAGGUUGGUGAAUAUCAAGCUCGACAGAUUGCAAAAGUUGGUCAAACGAAGAAGCGGUUUGCCUGUCCAGUUGAGGCAGACCCUGUACCAAUUGUACAAUGGCUCAAAGAUGGUGACACAAUCACGGAAAUGUGGCCAAGAUAUCGGAUAACGAAGAAAGAAGGGGCGUUAAGAAUUAAAGACAUAGAAUUGGAUGAUGCGGGGAUAUUUGUUUGCAAGGCAACAAAUGGUUUUGGCAGUAUAAAUGUCAAUUUCUCACUCGUAGUUGUUGACAAAGAGACUGGUUUGGUAAAGCAGGGAGGCAGUGUGUACGAGCCGGGCCCAGACGAGGAUUUAACUAAAGAAGGAGUCAAACCUAAGUUCAUAGAACAAGAGAAAAUGGAACGCAAAAGUGUGAUAGUUCGGCCUGUUGGUAGUUCAUUACGACUACGCUGCCGAGCCAACGGAAACCCCCUUCCCAUGGUGCAUUGGUUGAAGGACGGUCAAAAAACAAUACUCAUUUCAGACGAAGGGUCUGAUGGUGAUAAAAAGAAAUGGACGUUAAAAUUACGAGACUUACAAGAGACUGAUAGCGGGACCUAUCAGUGUGUAGUGUCAAAUAGGCAUGGAGUUAUUAAUUUUACUUACUCUGUAGAAGUUAUAGGUCAAAUGAAAACCAAGCCAGUAUUGAUAGGGCCUCACCCUCUGAAUGAGACAGUUACCCUCGGAGGCUAUGCCUCCUUUCAAUGUAAAGUGAAGAGCCAAGUUAAACCUCAUAUACAGUGGUUAAAAAGGUUAGAUAAAGAACUAGAGGCCACUGUUAAUAGUACUAAUAUAAUAGAAGUUAAAGGACAAAAAUUUGUGGUGCUAAAAACUGGUGAGGUGUACAAAGACAAUGGAGGUUUCUAUGUGAAUAAACUUGUGAUAAAAAAUGUGUUAGGGUCAGAUGUAGGCAUGUAUAUAUGCCUUGGUGCCAAUACAAUGGGCUACAGCUUUAGAAGUGCCUUCCUUACUAUAGUAUCAGAAAGUUUAGAUAAUCCGAUGGCAAUAAAUCCUGCCUCGGCAAUAAAACCUGGUUUACAAGGAAUACCAUCUGGAACGGCACAAGGAUCAGGGUCGGAGGGGACUAGUGAAGAAGAAGUUGGGAAUGGCAGUUUGCCCCUUAUCAUUGCAAUACCAGCAUGUGUAGCAAUAGUGUUAGUGACGCUGGCUAUAUUUAUUCUAAAAAGGCGAAAAAAGUGUAAUAAUAAUUCAAAUGCUCGUAGAAAUACUCGCUUUAAUGCGGUGCCGACGCAGGAGCGUGAAAACUUUCCUCCUGCGGCACAAUACCCUCAUAUUUUACCUCCUAAAGGUCCGCCCAAUAGAUCUAUGGAUAAAGCAUCCACAAAACAUAGUUCAGACUUUUACUCAGACAUAUCGUCUGUAUCAAGGUGCCAUCAUCAUCCGCAACAAGGGCAUAGCAAUCAUCAGUAUGGGUAUUGAACUCUUGGUGAUGAUGGUAAAAACUUGAGAAGAAAAAUAUGUGUCCAAAACACUAGUGCUAUUUUCGGAAGCUGACAUUGAGCAUGUUGGUGCUUCACUGCAAUAUGUCAUGGCUAAUACAAGUAGAAAAUGUUGUGAAAUAAAAACUUCAAAAGCCAUUUUUCAAAAUAUUGCUGACCGGCCAUUUGCAAUAUAAAAUGGCCGAUAAGCUGUUUUUCGGAAUACAAAGCCAAUAAGCAGUUUUUUUCAAUUUUAAUAGUUGAAAGAUCUGUUUUUCGACAAUUACAAAAUGGCUGACAUGUAGAUGUGAUUGUAAGUCAUAAUGGGUCUUAUAGGAAGUAGGCAACUACGAUAAUUAGUUAACAUUUAUGUAACUGAGAAGAUGAGCUAUGUUUUUCAGAAUUGUGAUAUUGCUUUACAAAUUAAAUGAUUGAUAUUCACGGAGAAUCAAAAAGCAUAGAGGGAGCAUUUGCGUGACAACAUUUUCACUAAAAUGACAAAACUUUCGUUAUCAGAAAGUGUUUCUACAAGAAUCAGUGGUAAACUGAAUUGUUUACACAAUUAUUUAUACUAGCAUUAUUACCUAUAUUGAUUUGAUGUAUUAUUUUUUUACAUAUUAAAAAAAAAAAAUGUUUAUCAAUACAUAAAGGGUACAUAUUGUGUAGAGACUACAAAUUGCCAUGUGUAGGUAAGGACGAUAGACUGGUGCCACAAGUAAAAUUCUAGACUGUGAUUACAUUUCUAAGAGAUAGUGACUGAGUAUUGUAACAUAUUUUUAGCUGAUCAUUUUUGCAAUAUAUAAUAUGUUGUUGUUUUUUUUUCUUUUUUGCUGGGGAAGAAAACAUGUUAAUUCUGAUUAUUGUAAUAAUAUUUGUUCUUUUAAAGUAAACUUAAAUGUAACAUUGUCAUUCAUGAUAGAAGUAAAUUAGUUAUAAUAAUGAUUUUUAACUAGUUUUAGUUCUUAUAAAAAAAUUGUUUGGCUUCCUUUUUUUACUUUUUUUUUUCCGUUUUUUAACGUAAAAAGUCUAACAAUCUUCUUUUUUUUAAAUUGAUGUUCAAUGUUGAUAAUCAUUACUAUAUAUCUAGUAUUGAUUUUUUUUUUUUAAUUCUCUAAUAUGAUAUGAUAUAAAAUAUAAUAGAAGAUUUGCGAGAUGAAAUAUUCUUAGAAGUGUUGGUUUCUUGGUGCUAUAAUGCUAUAUCAUAGUUUAUCUGUGUAAGGUAAGGACACUUGAUAGUGUAUGAUUUUGUAAAUGUAUUUCUAACAUGUGAUACAAGUUAGGCUUAAGAACAGUGACGCAGUCAAUUUUUUUUUAUUUACAAGUCCAAAUGGACAAAAUACAGCUUUUGUCAUAAGAAAAUACAGAGAAAAGAAAAGAUCAUGACUAAUUAUUUUCUUUUGAUUAAGUAACUAACUAUAAACACAACUAUGAUUUUUUCUAGCCUAACAAUUUUUUCUACAGUAUAUUUCUUGACUAUUCUACAUGUGUCUCCUAUUUUCAAUCAGUUGACAUUAUAUCUAGAGACCAAAUUUCACCAGAUUUUAUUGGAGUGCAAUUUUUAUCAAGUUUUCUUCUGGGUAACAGAGAACAAGCAACUUUAGUGCAGAAAUAUUAGAAAUAAUUAAGUUCAUUCAUGAAAAAAAAUGAGCUGUGUCAUGACAACAUAAUGGGUUUGCGACCAGCAUGGAUCCAGACCAGCCUGCGCAUCUGCGCAGUCUGAUCAGGAUCCAUGCUGUUCGCUUACAAUCCCAAUAGCAAGUAGAGAAACUGAUAGCGAACAGCAUGGAUCCUGAUCAGACUGCGCGGAUGCGCAGGCUGGUUAGGAUCAAUGCUGGUCGCAAAUGCACUAUGUUGGUUUUGUCAUGACACGGCUCAAAUGUCAUUCAAUUACAGGUAUUAUUCAAUUAUUUCAUAAGACAAAAUUAAAAGAACAUAUUAAGCAUGCCUCUGAAAAUGCUGUAAGAAAUGAAUUUAGUUAAUGUCAUUAAGCACUGAGGUAGAUGGAUACUAGAUACGGCAUAAACAUGGUAACUUUUUCCAGAUUUAUAAUAAUUUCAAGCAAAUUAAUAAGACAUUUCCUUUUUGCAUUAUCAAGUAGUUUAUAUUUUGAAUGACUCAUUUUAUAUAAUGUGUGCAAAUGAGUGUGUGUAUAGUUAUAAGCUGUAAACAUACACACAAAAAGAAGUUCCUUGUAAGAGGAGUGAUACUAGAACUAUUUUUAUGUAAAAAAAAAUCAGUAUUUUAUGUGAUAUAGUAUAUAUAUUUAAGUGAAAAUGUGUGUAUUUGUUCUUUCUCCUAUUAAAAUGAGUGUUUAAAAUGAGAUAAGAUGUAUUUUUAAUAUAUUAAUUUUUUGUGCAUCUUUGAAAUUAUUAUGCUAGUAAAUGUAAAAGCUGAUGCUCUUACAUUUAUAAAGUAAGCAAAAAAAAUAAUUUUGAUAUGCUUUUAAAGAGUUCUAAAAAUGUUGAAACAUUUCUUCUUAGUUUCUUAUUUUGACAUUUAUUGCAAAAAGCGUUGUUUUCUCCAUGGAUAGGUUGUUCAGGUCUUUUAUUUUUGCCUAUCUAAUGUCAGCACUUUUUAUGAUAGAAAAUUUGGUGGAAAGUUUACUUUUCUGGGAAAUAAAAUGUCAUGAAGAUAUUUGGAAAUGCAUUCAUAUCAGAAGUACUUGGGAUAAGUAUAGCAUGUAAAAAGAUAGUAAGAAAAAUCCUUGGGGGGGGGGGGAUAUUGGCAACAAAAGUCAUCUUAAUGAAACUGCAUGCUUCCAGAUUUUUUUUUUGUUAUUUUAGAAAUUCAAAGAAUGCAUUUGUUGGUAACAAACAGUAAUGGUUGAAAAAAAGGAAAAAAGAAAUUAAGUGAAUUAGUAAAGAUUUUAUCAACUGACAUUCUUGUAAAUCUGCUGUCUAAUGCAUACAUACCAACACACACGCUAAAUUUUUGUCAAUUUGUUGUUGAGGUUUUUUUUCAACAGUUGAGUGUUAGCAACAUAUUCCACAAACAUACGCCACUAGAAAAGACCCCAAGUCAGUGACUCAGUCAUGCAAGGUGCAUAGCAGUUAUUCAGACUAAUAGAUAAUAAUUGCUUUUGUGAAACUGACAAUGUAGGGUGACCUAACUAAACAGCAAGUCCAUUUUGAAGAUAUUUAAAAGAUUAUAAAUUUGACAGGAUUUUUUCCAAAUUUAAAAUUAUACUAAAUUUUAUUUGUCACUCACUCAAUUUCAAAUUGUUAAUGAUUUAAUUUGUCACUGACUCCAUAUAUUGGCAGAAAUACUCUGCAAAUUUUAAGAUAAAUGAAGGAAAAAAUAUAAUUCUUUACUGCGUCAUGUUCCCAUUCUUGUCUGUGCACAGAUUAAUUACCCAUUGAAUUAUUAUGAUUACAUUUGAAAUGCAUUUUCUUUCAUUAUAUUAGAGCACAAUGAUGAUUCAUCCUUAUUUUUGGGGUUUUUUUUCUAUUCAUUUUUUUCCCGCCUUUUUUAUUUCUACACAAUCAUGCAAUUACACAAAAACCUCAUAACAUUUUUUAUGAUCUUGACAAGAGGUGCAAUACUCAUUCAUGGACAGAAGUUUAUUACUGUUUUGGCUCAUGUUCUACUAUAAUAGCACAUAUCGUCACCUUAGUGCAGUAACAGGUUAACUCCUAUUAAAUUUUAUAAGGAGUUAACCCAUUACUGCAUCAAGGUGACUAUAUGCUGAAGAGGUUUGUUAUUGUUUUAAAAUACAAUGUAGAUUUUAAAAAAAGUCAAAUGCUUCAUUUCGUAAUAAUAAAUCACAUUUUUUGCUUUGGUUAAUUGUUUUUCGUAAAAAUAGAAUGUCUUUUUUUCCAAUAUAGUAUUUUCCUGUUACUAAUUAAGUUCACACAUAAUUUUUGUAUUUUCUUGGGCCGAUGAUUAUGUAUAUCUUCACUCUGUAGGGAAUUCCUAAACAUUGACUGGCAUUUAUGUACUAACAUAAAAAUAAUUUCAUCUACAACAAAAUUUGUUGUCAUACAAUUCUUGCUAUGGAGUUUAGUUUUUUAAAAUCAAGGAUUCUGGUUAAAAUCAUUUGCCAUUACCAUUUGAAGAUACAAACCCUCUUUUUAGCAUUUAUUGUAUCUGUAAACCAUUCUUUUGUGUUCUUGUUGUGUGUUUGACAAUAACUAUUGGAUAAAAGGUACUUAACUUACUUUUCUUUAAAAUAAAAUAAUGUUAAAAAAACGAAACUCAAUAAAUUUUCUCAUUAACACAAAAUCUUCAUCAAGCACAAUGAAUAUGUAGACAGGACUUGGAUGUUUUAGUUAUAAGAGCAAAUGAAGGAUGAAAGGUUUCAUUUUACUUGUUAAAAGUAAAUGAUGUAACAACUGUUGACAAAAUAACUUUUACUUCUUUAUUUCUUACACAGCAAGCUUUAGUUAUUUUCCCAUUUUGUAAAUGAUUCCUCACAUUUGUCACUUUUCCUGUGUAUAUAUUGUUUUGUUUUUUUAUUUUGCAAAUAGAUAUUACCUCACAAUUGACUAGUUUUGUUUAGCCUGUUAUCUGCUGCAUUUGUAUAAUGAAUCUGCCCUGCUUUUAGUUUGGAACAGUCCAAGUUUAAGGGAUUUCAAUAUCAAUGUACUGAAAUUGAGCUACAUGUUCCAACAGUAUAGAGUCUGGCCAGACUACAUGGAUGUGCAGGCUCUCCUGGCUCUAUACUCGGGGGGCCAUUGUCUGUACCAGUAGGUUGCAGAUUAGGUUACAUCAGUCUGGUAUCGCUAAUGUUUCCUUGUUGCUUUGUUUCAAUUUUGUUCUUAAACACUUAGUUCAUUAUUAUAAACACUUAGUUCAUUAUCAUACAAGUUUCUUUCAUUUAUUUUUAGUACCAACAAUCUGUCAAGACAUUUUUGCAAUUUGUGAGAACUUAUUUCUAUAAAUACUUGAGGAAGAUAGGGUCUUGUCUGAUCUGAUU